GGACGUAGCCUCCCAGGCCUGCGGUGCAGGGCAGGGCAUGUGAAAUAUUUAUUAUUGUUGUCACUCUAACUCUCUCCAGGAUGGCCUGCCUGCUUUCUGCAGCUCAGAGAGCGUCUGCGGGGGUUCUCUUCGUGGCACUCUGGGGCACGGUGCUGGGUGACAGGCUGCUGGUGGUGCCCCAGGAUGGAAGCCACUGGCUUAGCAUGCAGGACAUAGUUGAGGCUCUUGGGGCGAGGGGGCAUGAAAUCGUGGUGCUGGUGCCAGAAGUCAACUUGCUCUUGAGAGAAUCCAGGUUCUACACGAGGAGAAUCUACCCAGUGCCGUUUGACCAGGAGGAGCAGAGUUACCGGUAUCGCACCUUUGGAGAAAAGCACUUUACUGACAGGUCCUGGCUGAGCGAGCCUCAGACGGAAUACAGGAAACUCAUGGUUGUGAUUGACAUGUACUUCAUCAACUGCCAGAGCCUGCUGAGACACGGCGACACCUUGGAUUUCCUCAGGGCGGGCAAGUUCGAUGCUCUUUUCACAGACCCGGCCUUACCCUGUGGUGUGAUCCUGGCUGAGUACCUGGGCCUGCCCUCCGUGUACCUGUUCAGGGGCUUCCCCUGUUCCCUGGAGCAUGGGUUUGGCGGAAGCCCCAACCCGGUGUCGUACAUCCCCCGGUGCUACACAAAGUUCUCCGACCAGAUGAGCUUCCCCCAGCGCGUGGUCAACUUCCUCGUUAGCUUGUUGGAGGUCCCUCUAUUUUACUGUCUGUAUUCAAAGUAUGAGGACCUGGCGGUAGAGCUCCUCAAGAGGGAAGUGGACCUGCCCACCUUAUUUCAGAAGGACCCCGUGUGGCUGCUAAGAUACGACUUUGUGUUUGAGUACCCCAGGCCGGUGAUGCCCAACAUGGUGCUCAUUGGCGGGAUCAACUGCAAGAAGCCGGACGUCCUGUCUCAGGAAUUUGAAGCCUACGUCAAUGCUUCCGGAGAACAUGGAAUUGUGGUUUUCUCCCUGGGGUCCAUGGUGUCUGAGAUUCCGGAGAAGAAAGCUAUGGAAAUUGCAGACGCUUUGGGCAAAAUACCUCAAACGGUCUUGUGGCGGUACACCGGAAGUCGGCCAUCGAAUCUUGCCAAGAACACGAUCCUUGUCAAGUGGCUACCCCAAAACGAUCUGCUCGGUCACCCGAAGACGCGUGCCUUCAUCACGCACUCCGGCUCCCACGGUAUUUAUGAAGGAAUAUGCAACGGUGUCCCCAUGGUGAUGCUGCCCUUGUUUGGCGACCAGAUGGACAACGCGAAGCGCAUAGAGACCCGUGGGGCUGGAGUGACCCUGAACGUCCUUGAAAUGACCUCUGAUGACCUAGCGAAUGCCCUAAAAACAGUCAUCAAUGACAAAAGUUACAAGGAAAACAUCAUGCGCCUCUCCAGCCUGCACAAGGACCGCCCUGUGGAGCCGCUGGACCUGGCCGUGUUCUGGGUGGAGUUCGUGAUGAGGCACAAGGGGGCGGCACCUCGGCCAGCCGCCCACGACCUCACCUGGUACCAGUACCACUCCCUGGACGUGAUCGGCUUCCUCCUGGCCAUCGUGCUGACCGUGGCCUUCGUCACCUUUAAGUGCUGUGCCUUUGCCUGGGGGAAGUGCUUUGGGAAGAAGGGGCGGGUGAAGAAAGCACACAAGUCCAAGGUGCACUGAGAAGUGAGAGGGAUGCUGGGUGAAGCUUUGAUCCACUCCCAGCCCAUUCCAAACUUGCAGAGGCAGUAUAAAAUUCGUUUGAUUCUUGUUAAACAAAUGCUUUGCCAUAAAUCAGACAUCCCCACAACUUCUUUUUUGUUGUUUUAAUUAAGUUGAGAAGACGACCUUUGUAUAUUUGGGGCACACUUGGAGCGGAAGAGUGUUGUGGAGCCCUGGAAAGCACUGUGUGAUUUCUGGCCUUGGGGGAACAAUGAAGCUGUUCAAAUUGCUGGGUGCUGUCUGUGAGGGGAUCAUCCGUGAUUGUGCCAAAUGGAUCUGAAUAUGAGCAAACCCCAAACUAGUGCCAGGCCCAUGUAUUUGCA